UAACGCUCUAUUUAUCGCCAUCUCCCUAACCCAGAUGAGCAAUGCAUGCACGCGGACAGCUGUGAAAGGUGUUUAUCCGCGCACCUGGAAUGCGCCUGGUGCACGGACAAGGAAUAUCAAGUGGGGUAUCGCUGUCUCUCUCGCUCGCAACUCGUGAAGUACAAUUGCAAUGAGUCGGAUAUAUACGAGAACCAGCCGGUUUUAGAUGUCCUGCAGAGUAAACCCUUAAAGGACUACGAAACAAGUGAUCAGGCAGUUCAAGUGACUCCCCAACGAGCAAAACUAAAGUUGGUCAAAGGAAACACGCAACAAAUCAAGCUGAGCUAUAGAACAGCACGCAACAAUCCACUCGAUUUGUACGUGUUGAUGGACCUCACCUGGACAAUGAGGGACGACAAGGAAACUCUGGAGGAGUUGGGAGCUCAACUCAGUCAGACCCUAAAAAAUUUAACAGCCAACUACCGGCUGGGAUUUGGUUCCUUUGCGGAUAAGCCAAUUUUUCCAAUGAUUCUCCCGCAGCAUAAGGAAAAUCCAUGUGCUGCCGAGCGGUCUAUAUGUGAACCAACUUAUGGAUAUAGACAUCAGUUAUCGCUAACCGAUGUUAUUCCUAAUUUUACCUCGGCUGUCAAAAAUAGUAAAAUCACAGGAAAUUUGGAUAAUCUGGAGGGUGGUUUGGAUGCCUUAAUGCAGGUCAUAGUGUGCACAAAUGAAAUCGGUUGGAAGCAACAAGCUCGAAAGGUGGUGAUCCUAGUAACCGAUGGAUUUAUGCAUCUAGCUGGCGAAGGUCUGCUAGCUGGUAUUACCCAGCCCAAUGAUAAGCAAUGCCAUCUUAAUGCAGAUGGUGAGUAUACGGCCUCUUUGGACUUCGAUUACCCUUCGCUAGAGGAAAUCUAUAGGGAAUUACUUCGGCGCAAGAUCAAUGUGAUCUUUGCUGUUACGAAGGAGGUUGAACACAGUUACAGGGAGCUCAGUGCCUUGAUGAACGAAAUAACUUAUGUGGACCGGCUGAGGGCUGAUUCCUCUAAUAUCUUGGAACUAAUUAAAAAGAGUUAUGAGAGCCUUAUAAAACGCACUCAGUUCGCCGAUAAUAGCCCGGACUUUAUAGAGAUGGUCUACUAUACGGAUUGUGGUGGCCAGUUUCCCAGUUUGCAAAAACGGAAUUUCUGCAAUAAUGUCAGCCUAGGCAAGCAGAUUGAUUUCUAUGUGGACGUCACGCUCAAAAAAUAUCCAGAUAAUAAAAAUUACAACUACCAAAUCCGUGUAGAAGAAACCUCUUUGAGCGAGUACAUGGACUUGGAUGUUGAGCUGCAGCGCCCUUGUCCUUGCCAGGAAAUCCCGGAUCCGACCAACGAGGACGGACGGUUCCAGUGCCAGAACCAGGGCUAUUUGUACUGCGGAAUGUGCCAGUGCGACAAGGGAUGGACUGGAACCUUUUGCACCUGUCCCACGGAUGCCACCAAUGUCACUAGCAAUGAAUUUCUGCUCCAGAAAUGCCGUCAACCAUUGUCGGAUACAACAACUUCCCAAUUGGUUUGCUCCAAUCACGGCGAUUGCGAUUGCGGAAGUUGCCUAUGCGAUACUGGAUAUACAGGUCCUUUUUGCGAGUGUCGCGAGUGCUUGGAUUGCGAUGAAAAGCUAGCAGAUUGCUUCUGUGGCCAGUGUGUUUGCAAAUACGGAUGGUCGGAGAACGGAUGCAAUUGCGAGGGAAAAACUGAUGCCUGUGUGGGACCCACGGCCGAAAUUUGCUCCCAGAGAGGCUACUGUGAGUGCGAAGAAUGCCAGUGCGACGAGCCCUAUCUUGGGAAAUUCUGCGAAGUCGAUCCGGAGAAGGAUAACAAACUCUGUCUGUUCUAUGAGCCCUGUGUUACCUGCCUUAUUCAACAAAAACAGGGAAUGGGCACCUGUGAUAACUUGACUGAAAUAUGCAGCAGUUCUGAUAGACAGGACAUGCAUAGACACCGUUUUGUUAGCGACUUGGAUCUCGAUCAGGAUCUUUGCUUGGUGCGAAUGGUGAACAAACAUGGCAUCCAGUGCGAUAGCUUCUUUGCCUAUCAGGUCAUCGACCACACAAAUUUCUUGAUUAUCAAAGACGGUGAAUGCGAUCCCCCAGAUUAUGUGGCCCUGGUUGGUUAUAUAUCGGCAUUCACCCUGCUCAUCGGACUUGCUAGCAUGUUCCUAAUCUUUUGGUGCAUUCGAGCUAAGGAUGCCAGGGAAUAUGCAAGGUUCGAGGAAGAUCAAAAAAGCAGGUUGCUUCAGGAAAAUCCAAUUUAUCGGGAUCCCGUGGGAAGAUACGAAGUCCCCAAGGCACUGAGUGUGAAAUAUGAUGAGAAUCCCUUUGCUAGUUAAUCUAAAUUUAGUUCUUUAACUUAUAUUUUAGUACUGUGUUAAGACUAAUAAUU